AUGUUUAGACCACAAAUAUUCGAGACUUUAUUAGCCCGCUCAAUUGCAUCAAAAAGAACACUUUCAUUGUUGCUGCCAACAAACCGCGCCGCCCCAACAAAUACCCUACCAGCUACCAUUCGAUCCAUCUCUACCAUCCCAACAACUACACCAACAAGAGCAAGAGCAAGUGCAAGAACAAUUGCCAUCGCCAAAGCAGCUUAUCGUUCACGCUAUGGCCAACAACAAGAGGGAAGCUCCAGAACCUCAGUAUUCAAAUUGCUUUUUGCCAGUGCUGGUGCAUCGUUCCUCCUUAUGUCCAGUUUAUCAAGAACCAUCUACAAUGAUGCAGUAGCAACAGCUCACAAUCAGCCCAUUUUGACUCCUAGACAACAAGUUUCCAACGACGUCAAAGUUAACCCCGCUGGCUAUACUGAAUCAAGAUUCAAUGGUGCAUUAAACUAUCAAGAACUCACACUUGGUUCAGUGACCGGUUUGUUCCUCGGUAUCAUUUUGGGUAAGUUAUCACAAGUCUUUCUUUUUGUUUCCUUAAGUUCCUUCUUUCUUUUGGAGUUUUUGGAAAAUAGAAACAUAAUCACCAUCCCAUGGAACUACAUCUUCACCAUUGGCAAGGAAAGAGUUGACGUUAAACAAUUGUUAUUCGACAAGCCAAGCUUCAAAAUCUCGUUUGUGUUGAGUCUCAUUAUAGCUGCUUACAAUGUGUAG